ACCCCCCAAGCCAAGCCCCUCUACACCCCCAACUCCCAGCAUUGGUACAUUUAACAUCCCGAUGCUCUCAGCUCCCGAACCGCUGCUGAGCGCAGGUUUAUAAACAGGGUCUGCACAGGGGCAGAGCACUUUGCUCACAAUCUUUUAUGUGCUGCGAAAAAAAAAAAAAAAAGAAGAAGUCACCGAUCAGCUCCCCCAAAACCCCCAGAAUUCCCCCGCAAACGCUGCCAGGGCUGCAGCUUCCUGGGAGAGGACCGCAGAUGUUCACAGAUUUUCCCGGGAAGCAAAUCCUAUCUGUGGAGAGCUGCUGAGAAAAGCUGCUCCCUGUCUUUAAGGUGUUUUAAGCGGUGGCUGGGUUUCUUCAGGCCCUCUCCUCUCCGUCGCUGCGUGACUUAGCACAUCGCCGAGUUCCCACCGCCCGCAGAGGCGCAGCGGCUUCUGGCCGAAAGCCCAGUGGGAUGGGUCAAAAGCGUGUAAACGGUCCCGUGGGCGGGGUGUUCGCAGCUCUGCUUCUCGGGGCCUGACGGGGGAGGUGCAUCAGCCUCUGGCUUCCCCCUCGCAGAGCUUCUGCCUUCGCGGCGGGGCGAGGAAUUGGAGCCGCACCGUGCCCAGGGGAUGCUGCGCUGCUUUUCCAGCCAGGAAAGUAUCAUUUUAUUUAUUAUAUAUGUGACGAAAGGCAUGGAAAUUACUACCAGGAAAUGAAAUGCAUCCAAAUCAAUGGAAUGCAGUAUUCAUUUCCUGCUGGGUAGGGGAAGAAACCAUCUAUAAAUGGUCUGUGGCUUUCCUGAGGGUGAAUUCAUGCGAAUUUUGGCCUUGCCUUUAUACCUUAAGAAUCCUCUGCCCCUUUUCUGAUUUGUUUAGUUAAUUUAUUUCCAGUUCAGCUUGUCAGACAGUGAUUUCUGAAAGUGCUGAUCACUGGAACCAGCCUUUGCAGUCAGGAAAAUGGGGUUUGGAGUUCCAGUUUUUCUAUGUGUAAGUACUAGAUAGAUGUAGAUAGAUCAGAUCCUACCUGAUUAACCUCUUAAUGUCGUGAAAGGCUUCUGGUCAGGUCGGGUCUCCUAAUUGCCUGUGGAGGCAGGAGGGAUGAAGGUUGGCUUUCUGUCUCAUUCCAGGUAUCAGAUCAGGGACUUCCUGGGACCAUGUUUGUUGCUGCCAUCCAAAACUGGAGGGGAAUGGCCAUCUCUGCCUGCCUGCUGUGUUCUUUACCUGAAAACAUCGCUGGGUGCUGGCUAUUAAGUAACUUGUAAUAAAUCAGAGAUAACAUUUAUAGCAGGAACACCCUGGGUUCUCCCCCUGGUUCUCACAUAGACCUGAGUUCUCACAUUGUUUGUAGGACAUCAAAUGUAAAUGGUGAGGUUUCACAGUCUAAUAAAACAAGAUUUUCUCUUUAUUAAUUAGGUGAAGACCAUGAAGCCCUUAAAAUAUCAACCUGUUCUGCCUAGUGCGUUUUGUCAGCUAAACUCAGAACAUCCCACACAAUGAAGGCACUGAGCGUUGCACCUCUCCCAUCCUUCACUGGCAUCCCUGAGCUCAGGUGAGGAACAUCAGAGGUACGGAGCCUUCCCUGUGAGCGUCAUGGAGCCCAGAGCUCUCAGCGAGCAGGAGACAUCGACCCCUUCCAGCACAGAGAGAGCAGAAGUCCUUGCCCGCAAGUUAAAUACUGCUGUGAGGGACAGUGAUGUAAAAUAUGUGCUGGAGCUGCUGAAGGAAGGGGCAGAUGUGAACUCCAAAGUAGAAAGUGGCUGGACGCCACUGCAGAGCGCCGUGCAAGCUGACAGUGAGGAGCUGGUCCGGCUUCUACUGGAUAGGGGUGCUUGUCCACAUGCCAGGAAGGACAAUGGUGGCACUGCAUUUAUUGAGGCAGCGAUGGUGGGGAACGUCAGUAUACUGAAGCUUCUCCUUGAUUAUGGGUUAGAUAUUAACGAUCAUGACGACAACGGCUUUACAGCUUUCAUGGAGGCUGCGUGGUAUGGGAAGGAGGAAGCCUUGGAAUUCCUGUAUAGCAAAGGAGCAGAUGUGAAUUUGAGGAGAGCAGUUAGUGAGGAGAAUGAGAAACUGUAUAAAGGAGGUGAGACCGCACUGAUGGACGCCUGUAGGAAGGGCCACCUCUCAAUUGUAAAAACUCUUGUCCAAGAAAUGGGGGCUGAUGUGAACGUUUGUGACAACAAAGAUAGGAACGCCUUGAUCCACGUCCUCAGAGAGGGUUGUGCCAAGAAAAGGUACGAGUCAGCAGUCUCCAUUGCCCGCUUCCUGCUGGACCCUGGUGGUAUUGAUGUGAACAGUAAAGAUGAAUGUGGAAAAACUCCCCUCAUCCUCGCUGUUGAAAUGCAGAGUGCAGAUUUGGUGGAAGCCUUAUUGGAGAAGGGUGAAAUAGAUAUUGAUGAUGCAGAUGAGGAGGGCAACACGGCACUGAUGGUGGCUGUAGAGAAAGAUGAUUACAAUAUAGCAAAGUUGUUGUGUGAAAAAGGAGCAAGGACCGAUGUUGGAAACCUUAUCGCUGUUGCGAAUAGGAAUCGUGCUCAUAACAUGGCACGUCUUCUUCGCCAGUAUCAUGCCCGGGUUCCAGAAACCUUCGAAGACUGGGAGCCAAACAGCAAACGCUGGAGGGACCAGCUGAAAAAACUUUAUCAAAUCUAUCGCCCUAUGAUAGGCAAACUGAAGACAUUUCAAUACAUCCAGCAGAGGAUCCAGAACACUUCCCAGGGUGGCAUAUACCUGGGGCUCUAUGGUGGGACCGAGGUGGCAGUAAGAAUAUGCCGCAGUACAGAGGGUGACAAAGAGAAAAUGUUCUUUGAAAAAUGUGGUAACUGUGAACGCCUACUGAAGCUCUUCCAGUUUGAGAAGGCAAGGGGCUACAUGUACUUGUGCUUCCCUCUCUGGGAGAAAAACCUUGAAGAACAUCUGCAGGAAUCAGAAGAGACAGUAGAUUACAAAGAUCCUCUGAAGAUGAUCUUCCAGGCAGUGAGAGAGCUGCACUCCCUCGGAUUUGCUCACCAGGAUCUGCAUCCCCGCAACUUUCUCAUAGAUUUAGGUGAAAAAAUUUACUUGGCGGACUUUGAUAAUAAAAGAGUGUUGAUCGAAGGCAAAAAUGAACUUGUAAACUCAGAUUUAGAGGCCCUCGGCCGGCUUGUGCUGUACGUUUUAACACGGGGUAGUAAACCCCUUCAGCAAGUCAGUACCAAGGAUUUGGCUGCUGGUUCCCCAGAUUACAAUGAGGCUCUGGACCUUGUAAUUAGCCUGGGCGCUCGUGAUGAUCGAGGCUUGGAAGGUUUGAGCAAACAUCCCUAUUUCUGGAGCAGACAGACGUUCAAGUUCCUGAAGAGUAUAUGGAAUAAAAUCAAAGAUCUCCAGAACCGACAAGCUAUCUUUCAAGCUCCUAAUGUUACUCAAAGUUUUCCUUACCCAUCAUGGACUAAGGAGGUUGACCCAGUUGUUCUGAAGAUCAUGAGUAAACCUGUGAAAGGAAUGUCUUAUGAGUACAAAGAUGAUGUCACUGAACUACUGAGGUUCAUCAGAAACAUGGAUGAACAUCCAAAUAGGAGGAUCACCAAUAAAAUAGGAGACCAUGCUGAGUAUUUCUUCAGGCUUUUCCCAGAACUUACCAUGUAUGUCUACAACAGUUUGCGCCAGCAGCCCAAAUACAGUCACUUUGUAGACAUUCAGGACACCUCUCUGUAAGAUGUCAUAUCCCAUGUCUGAUCCCACCACCACUGCCACCUUUUAUUUCCUGCUUCUUCAGUUGCAAAAGAGUUGAAGAAAGUGGGUAAGGAGCUGGGAGAGAGUUCAUGCAGGGACAGAGCAUGGAGGACUUAGACUGAAAAAUGGAAGAUGCUUCAGAAGUGUUUGGUGCAACAGCCAUUUGGAGAGGAACCAAGUUGAGUGCCAGCCCAGGUCCUCCUUGGCUACUUCUGUCCCUCUGGGCUUAUGUGGACAUCAAGGCUCUGAUCCUUAUAGGGAGUAGGGAGAUAUACCCAAUGCAUCUGGGAGGCAGAAAACCUCAGAUGUUGCCAGACAGCGUGGGACAUUCUGAUAAAGGAAAAGGAGUUUGAGCUCCUUGCUCAGGCCAAUAUUCCCCACAGCUUGCACUGGUGAACUGCUCAUACACCCCUAGAAAUACAUGGAUUUUCUCUUUUCAGACUUUUUGAAACACAGCAGCCAGAAAAUGAGAUGCCUAGGCAAUGGUCUGGAUGCAGAGCUGCCCUUGGCCUGUUAUCCCUCUGACCUGGUCAAGGAACACUCAGCCUGGCCUGCUGGGACCUGAGGGACUUCUGUUGGGGGAUCGAGGAGAUGUUUCCAUGAGGAAAGGAGUACAAUCUCGCAAAACUCUGCUACUGUGCUUAGUUCUGAGUCACCUGAAAAAGGUCGAUGAUGUUGAAGGGACUGCAGGGACUGGUUCACCUUGGAGAGGACAAGUUCUGCCAUGGCUGGCUGCGUUUGCAAGGCAGGGCUACGCACAAGCACUUCAAAUCCAGAUUAAUAGUGGUUUUGAUCUGUGUAUAGAGAACCAAACUUGGAAUAAACCUGUCUGGAAAACUGA